UUUGGGCUGAUGUAAUAAGUGUCUGGUAUGAGUGUUUAGAUCAGUAUGUCUGAAGGAAUAGUCUACGCUGAUGUGAAGUUCAAAAAGCACCAAAAGACUGAAGGAAAAGAUGGUGCAACAGCAUCCACAGUGAAUGAUGCCACGUACUCUGAAAUCUCAAUUCCCAAAGCCGGACGCAACCAGCCAUCUAUCGACACUAAUGCUGGUGACCCUGAUUCUCAGAAGGGGUUAAAUGUCAAACCAGGUGGAUAUGACCCUGUCAAAGUGGUCCUGGUGACUCUCUGUGUUCUUCUGAUGGGGACGGUCAUUGGACUUGUUUUCCUGUAUAUCAGCAACCUGCCAACCAAAAACACAGAGCUCCAAAUUCUGCAAGCGGCUUACAAUCAAAAUCUUACAUCAGCUUUAACGAUCAAAAACAGAGAGCUUCAAGAACUGCAAGUCAAGAACAAAGAUCUUCAGGAGAAGGAACGUGCAGGGAAUAAUGACUGUCCUAAACCUAUGAACUGUGCUGAAGACUGGGAGUAUUAUGGGGGGAAGUGCUAUUACUUCUCCCCUGAUAAACUGACCUGGGCUCAGAGUCGGGAUGAGUGUAUCACCAGGGGGGGACACCUUGUCAUCAUAGGGAGCCUAGAGGAGCAGAAAUUCUUAGAUCAGAAAAUUGGUACAAAAAUAAGUACGGACCCUGAAGACAAGUUCUGGAUUGGGCUGACGGACAGUAUAAACGAGAAUGAGUGGUUAUGGGUGGACAAUUCACCUCUAAGCACAAGUUUCUGGCUUAGUGACCAGGAGCCGGAUGACUGGAAAGGAGAAAAUCCCGACGGUGAAGACUGUGCUAGAAUGGGGGAACCGGGUGGUACUAAUGACGGCAGGAGUUGGUUGGAUGUCAACUGUAAUAAGACUCAAAGAAGAAUAUGUGAGACAAAAUCCACCCUGGUGAAACAGUAUCUUUAAGAAACUCAAAAGUUCCUGAAAUAUGUCGCUGAACAACACCAAAGUAUUUUUUUGCUGGCAUUGAUAAAAAGGAGAAACUGUAUUGUGACUGGUUUACAGGAGAUUACUGCUGAUGUUCACAUAUCUUUCUUUUUUUGAACAUACAUUGUUUAUGCAUUUUAUGCUAUGGUGUCAAACAAAACAAAUCCCCAACUGAGUCUAAUUAAAAACAUGUCAGAUACA